UUGCUCACGUGCAUCUCACGUGCCAUUCCCCUUCUCUCAACCCCUCUUCCCUCCCGACACCCUCUUCUUCAACAUUCCUAACCAUCAUCAUCAUCAUCAUCAACGAACCAAACCCAUCGAGAGAAACAGAGAGAGCUCCAACAAUGGCGGGGCUGGAUCUCGCCCGGUGGGUGGGUGAGCGCCGAGCUCGCCAGAUCCAUCGAGCAGUGCGCAACGGUAAGCUAACCCUUAUCUGCCUCUUCCUCACUCUCCUCGUCCUCCGAGGCACAAUCGGCGCCGGAAAGUUCGGCACCCCAAACCAGGACCUCGAAGACCUCCGUCAUGCCCUCCAAUCCCGUCCUCGACUCCCCCAUCGCUCCCUCGUUGAGGAAUCCAAGCCUCUCGCCGACCAUCGUGCCGCCGAGAAGGACGACGACCCCCCGCCCCGUGACCCCUCCGAUCCCUACUCUCUUGGCCCUAAGAUCUCUGACUGGGACUCUCAGCGCGCUUCCUGGCUUAGCCGCCACCCUGAUCGCCCCAACUUCUUGACCGCUUCCAAGCCUCGCGUCCUUCUCGUCACCGGAUCCUCCCCCAAACCCUGCGAGAACCCCGUCGGCGAUCACUAUCUUUUGAAAUCCAUCAAGAAUAAGAUCGACUAUUGCCGUGUUCAUGGCAUCGAGAUCUUCUACAAUAUGGCCCUCCUCGAUGCCGAGAUGGCUGGGUUUUGGGCUAAGCUCCCCUUGAUCCGCACCCUGCUUCUCUCCCACCCUGAAAUUGAGUACCUUUGGUGGAUGGACUCCGACGCUAUGUUCACCGACAUGGCCUUCGAGCUCCCCUGGGAUCGCUACGCGGACUACAAUCUCGUUAUGCAUGGAUGGAACGAGAUGGUGUAUGAUGAUAAGAACUGGAUCGGGCUCAACACUGGCAGCUUCUUGCUUCGCAAUUGCCAGUGGUCGCUGGAUCUCCUCGAUGUUUGGGCUCCGAUGGGGCCUAAAGGUCCUACUCGAAUCGAGGCCGGCAAGGUCCUCACUGCAUUCUUGAAGGACCGGCCGGUGUUCGAGGCUGAUGACCAGUCGGCCAUGGUUUACAUUCUCGCCACUCAGCGUGACAAGUGGGGCGACAAGGUCUACCUUGAGAGCGGCUACUACCUCCAUGGCUACUGGGGCAUUUUGGUUGAUCGGUAUGAGGAGAUGAUCGAGAACUACCAUCCAGGGUUGGGUGACCAUCGCUGGCCUCUUGUCACUCACUUUGUUGGUUGCAAGCCUUGUGGGAAAUUUGGGGAUUAUCCUGUUGAGCGAUGCUUGAAGCAAAUGGACCGUGCGUUCAACUUUGGGGACAAUCAGAUCUUGCAAAUGUAUGGUUUUGAGCAUAAAACGUUGGCGAGCAGGAGGGUGAAGAGGGUCCGGAAUGAGACCAGUAAUCCUCUUGACAUCAAGGAUGAUCUUGGUUUGCUUCAUCCUUCCUUCAAGGAAACUAAGGUUGGGAAUUCAAUUGCUUCUUGAUGAAUUCAUUUUAUUUCUCAUACUGUUUCUUUGUUGUAGUUAAGGUCAUCAUGGUUUCUGCCUUUGGUGCUUAGGCAAUAUAAGUUUAUAUAAUGUUAUGUUGGUAUUUAUA